AUGCCUGUUAGGGUUUGUAAGGACGACUCAGAUUUCCAAGUUGCUAUGGGUGAGGCAGGAGCCAAGCCUGUAGUGGUAGAUUUCUCUGCAGAAUGGUGCGGUCCAUGCAAGAUGAUUGCACCAUUUUUUGAAAGUCUUUCUAACAAAUACAUGUCGAUGGUCUUUCUCAAAGUUGAUGUGGACAAGUGUGAAGAGACGGCAGCUCAAAAUGGUGUAUCUGCCAUGCCAACCUUCAUUGUCUUCGUGAAUGGCACAAAGGUGGAUUCCUUGCGUGGUGCAAACAAUAGUGGUCUUGAGGCCAUGGUGCAGAAAUGGGCCGACACUCAGCCAUCUGGAGAUGUCCCUGGCCAGUCAGAUAUCACUUGUUUGAUAGACAAAAGGCAAAUGGAAUAUGUGCCUUUGGUUGGAACUGGGUUAUUUCUAUUGAAGGGCAACGAAGAAAAAACGCCCAGACUCGUGCGGGUAUUCUCGAAUCUUCCAAAUACGCUAGACUUUGAUGGGGCAACUUCUGUUGAAGCUGUGCAAGUGCUGGAAUUCAGUGAAAAGGCGCAAACUGAGCCGGAGCUGCAGCAGCUGAAAUAUGUGAAGUUCCAGAACGUCAACAACCUACAGUUGUUUAUCGAGAAUAACCGCGGUGGUGGCGAUGUAACUGAGAUAGAAAAACUGAGGAUCUAUGGAACACCACUUAGCGGUGUGAAUAUGAACGAGUUCAAGCGGGUGGCCGGCAAGAAAGGCGAAGUGGGCCAUUAG